AUGAGCAUCCUCACCGUCGCACGGCCGGUGACGUCGCAUAAUUGCCUUUCUCUAUUUCCGUUGGCUACUUUAGCUUAUUUCGCACCUUCCGCCAUCGCGCGAGUUGGCCACCGCGUGAGCGACAGAGAUCGGAGUUUGCGCCACUGCCCGAUAUCCCUACGUACUCUGCUCUUCUUCAUCUGCUUCGCAAAGCCCCCAGAUCAGUUCCAGCAUCCAAUCAGCGCGGCGGCUCCCCUGAAGCUGUUCUAUUUAACUCAUUAG